AUGCAUAGCAAUCUCGAGGAACUGAGAAAGGCUUUACCCCAUGUUGACCUUGAAACCGGACUGAAACACCGAGUGGUAAAGCGCGACCCGAUAACCGGUCUUGGGGAACUUCCCAAGGAACAUUGUGAUUUUGGUCGCCCGAAAUCAUCCAACGCCUCCCGCAAGAAGUUUAACAACGUUCUGCUGAGCUGGGAUGCUGACACAGCAAAACCUCUGCCGGUGGAGAAGAAUGGCGCAAAGGAACCGAAAAAAGCAAGCCGAAAUCCUAUUACGCUGACGGGCGAUCUAGGCGACGAAGUUGAUGCCCUGCGCUGUACACCAAGACCGCGAACUGCUACGCCUCGCGAACCCCAGAGAGACCCAAUUUCUGGACAAGGCAAUUUCGGCCAAAGGGAAUGGGACCCCAUCUGGAAAUACAAUGGAAAGGCACGCAGAGCUCGCAGCUCCACAGGAGACCGUUGUAAUCCUCUGACAGGGGAGAAUGCAAAAACGUUCACAAUCAGCACAGAGGAACGCAACCGAGGUUGCAUGACUCCGAAGGCACCGCGAUCAAAUCGCAAUAUCUUAACGGGACAGAACUGCGAAAACUACGAAGUUUCGGUCGAUUUCAAGUCUGGAGGCCCUAAACGGAGGGCAGAGGCUGAGCGAAAUGCAAUAACGGGUGAAAACUGCAACACCUAUGACGUGAACAUAGAGAACAACAGAACUGGUCGAGCCAGAGUGCGACCACAAACGAAAUCUUCAAACCCCGUGAGCGGUGAGAAUGUCACCUCAUUUGACAUUAUGAAGGAGGAAAAAGUGAGAAACGCAAAACCCUACGUAUACAGCAAUGCAGUCACUGGUGAAAAUUGCCAAAGUUACAAAAUAAAUCCCAUCGAGAGAAAUGUCACCGCACGGCCCAACUCAUCUCCAUCAAAUCCUCUUCUGGGAGAGAAUACGCAGCAUUACACUUAUCGCGUUGGUGAGAAGCAGAAAGUUGUGAAAAAACGAGACCUUAGUUCCCCAUUGACCGGUCCCGGAUCGCGCGGAAACACCUACUCGGUGUCCGUAGAGGAACGCCGGCGCCCGAGUGUCGGAUCGAUAACGCGUAGCGGAGCCGCCACCAGCAAUGGAAGCAGCCGAAAUAUUCUCACCGGUGAAAACUGCUCCACCUACACAGUUUGCCAAGAGAUGCGCAGUGAACGCAAGGCUAGUCUCCCAUCGAGUGCUUCUUUCAAUGGAAACAAAGGAAAAGAGAAGCUUUACGGAGAAAAUCUUACGGUACUCAUUUAA